GCUGUGGUGGGAGCGUCUGGAAACUGUGAAGUGGGAAAAAUGGAAGCGAUUCUCGCAUCCACACCUUCGCAAUUCAAAUCUCUCUCUUCCAAAUUGUGGCCCUCAUUUUCCCUCGCUUUCCGGGAAACCAAACGGAAGACGAUCAGUUACGGCACCGCGACGGCGGCUUCGCCGGUUUCUCGCAUUCCAGCUUUGAGCGUAUCUGCCAGUUCGCAAUCGACGCCGGCUUCCGCUGUAGCAUCCGAAGUCAUAUCGGUGCCAUCGGAAAUGAAGGCGUGGGUUUACGGUGAGUAUGGAGGCGUCGAUGUGUUGAAAUUUGAUAGCAGCGUCUCGGUGCCUGAAGUGAAAGAGGACCAGGUUCUGAUCAAGGUCGUUGCGGCUGCGCUUAACCCUGUCGAUGCUAAGCGGAUGCUGGGGAAGUUCAAGGCCACUGAUUCUCCUCUUCCGACAGUUCCAGGAUAUGAUGUAGCAGGAGUGGUGGUAAAGGUGGGCAGUCAGGUAAGGGAGCUAAAAGAAGGGGACGAAGUUUAUGGCAACAUUAAUGAAAAAGCUCUUGAAGGGCCCAAACAGUUCGGUUCUCUUGCAGAGUACACAGCCGUGGAGGAGAAAUUAUUAGCCUUAAAACCCAAGAAUAUCGAUUUCGUUCAGGCCGCUGGAUUGCCUCUGGCCAUUGAAACAGCCUAUGAAGGUCUCGUAAGAACCAACUUUUCAGCUGGCAAAUCGAUUCUCGUUCUCAAUGGUGCCGGUGGAGUUGGAAGCCUAGUCAUUCAGAUAGCGAAACAUGUGUUUGGGGCUUCAAAAAUUGCAGCCACUGCAAGCACUGGAAAGUUAGAGUUUUUGAAGAGUUUGGGUGUGGAUUUAGCCAUUGACUACACCAAGGAGAACAUUGAAGAUUUGCCCGAAAAAUUCGACGUAGUCUACGAUGCAAUUGGGCAGUGUGAUAAGGCAGUGAAGGUAGUGAAAGAAGGUGGCAACGUGGUGGCAUUAACCGGUGCGUUGACGCCUCCUGGUUUCAGAUUUGUGGUCACUUCAGAUGGAGCAGUUCUAAAGAAACUGAACCCAUACCUAGAAAGCGGGAAGGUGAAGCCGAUCGUGGACCCGAAAGGACCUUUUCCAUUCUCUCAGGUCGUGGAGGCCUUCUCUUAUGUUGAAACCAGCCGAGCCACUGGAAAAAUAGUCAUACAUCCAAUCCCAUGAGGGAAUCUGUGAGAAACCUUUCCAUCUACUACUCUGCAAUGGCUCUGUAACUAUUGAAAAUUGAAGUAUCUCAUUGUACUCACUUUUUUGUAUGGUUAAAUGAGUAUAGAAUAAAAUUCAGCGAGCUUGAUCAGCUA